AUGCCGAUUGAUUGGAAGUCGCAAGAGAGCUACCAGCGCCUGCUCGCUGCGUUGGUGGCUGCGAGCGACAACGCCAUCGACUUCAAAAAGGUAGCCUACUACUUCGGUCAGGGCGCCACAUACGACUCCAUCGAGGGACGUUUCCGCAUCGCCAAGCGGAUGGCGAAUGACCUGAAGAAGGAAGCCGAGGACGAAGGCCGUCAGAUGCCGACGACCCGGACGAAGAGCGCCAACAGCACUCCUCGCAAGCCCAAGGCGAAGCCCAACACCGAGCACUCCGUUGCCUCGGGUCGUGUUCAGAAGUCCCCUUCCAAGAAGCGCGGCACCAAGUCCACUCCCUCGUUCAAGCAGGAGCCUCAGACGCCCAUCUCCCUCGACAGCGACGAUCACGAGAGUGGUGUUCAGCAGCACCCGCAGCACCACCAGCACCGCCAGCAGCCUUCGUACGAUUCCGGAGCCUUUGAGCACUCCAGCUCGUACAUCUACGGUGACAGCCAGACCCUCUUCCACAGCUUCGACACGGACGCUUUGGAGGCGUAG